GAUUUUCCUAGAUCCACGUUUCGUUUGCCGUCUCACGCAAACAAUCGUGGAUGAAUAUUUGAAAAUAAUCGCCUAUUAAAAAAAUAAGGCCGAUUAUCGAUAGCUAUGUAGCUGCACGAGCUCCUUUAGGAAGAUAAGACGCGACGUUUGUAUCGUGAUGUCAUUGAGGUCUCACAAUUGUUGCACUUCUGCUUGAACAGGUUAAGAAAUCUCUCUUAUCAAUUCGAUACAGAGAAACAAGACUAAUUAAUAUUGCAUUUCUCCCUCUUUACGUACUUGUUGCAUUUUGAAAAUAAAUAAAGCGAAUAUUUAAAGUCGUUUUGACAGGAGAAGUAAGUUGUAGGAAAGUAAAGAAAAUAUAAAGAGAAAUGACUGAUAUGCCAUCAAAUGGAAAAAAAUAGAUACAUAUUUUGAUGAAAAAAGUUAAUAAUGAGAAAAAUACAAUUUCAAAUCAGCAAAAUCUAAUAUUACCCUGUGAAAUCACCGAUGACAUUCUACCAUUUUCGACGAAAGGAACCCAUUUUCGGGGGAUAGACGGCGCUGAAAAUCGUCCUCUCCUUUUCUAAACGAAGGAAGAGUCUAGUAUCCCCUAUUUUUAUUCGUGUACGUGUGUACAACAAUUCAUAAUCAGGAAACUGAAGAAAACAAAUUUUUGCGCAAGUGAACGUAACAAUGGCUAAUCACUACGAGGUUCCAAAUUGGGCAGGAAAGCCACCAGUUGGGCUGCAUCUGGACGUACUGAAGAAUGACAAGUUGAUACAGAAACUUAUGGUAGAUGAAAAGAAAUGUUAUUUAUUUGGACGUAACACACAGUUGAAUGAUUUUUGCAUUGAUCAUGCAUCUUGCUCUCGGGUUCAUGCAGCUCUUGUUUACCACAAACAUCUCAAUCGGGCAUUUUUAGUCGAUCUGGGAAGCACACAUGGUACCUUUAUUGGAAACUUACGUUUAGAAGGUCACAAACCGACCCAGUUACCAAUUGACAGUACAUUUCACUUUGGAGCAUCCACUCGGUAUUAUAUAAUUAGAGAAAGACCUCAGACUAGUGCUAGACCCAUCAUCGAAGAACUGGAGAAAUUAUCUGAAGAUAAUGAUGCCGGUGGUUUAUUAGGUCUACCAGAAACAGAAACAGAAUUAGAUAAUCUGACAGAAUUUAAUACAGCUCAUAAUCGACGAAUUUCAAUGCUUGGAAUAACAGAUGAUGAAAUGCACAAACCAACACGCAAACGGAAAAAAAAGGGAAUCACCUUCAACGACGACGAAGAGGUGAUUAACCCGGAAGACGUCGAUCCGUCAGUCGGGAGAUUUCGUAAUCUUAUACAAACGACAGUUGUUCCUAGCAAGAGAAUGCGUAUGGAAGGAGGUCUCAUAUCAUUAUUGGAAGAUCACAAUCCUCUGAAGCUUAUGCAACCUACGUCUACCACCCCUCAGCUCUACCACGAUCUACCUCCCGAACAGUUCACACCGUCCUCGAUGUCAAUGAAUCCAUUUUCUGCAGCUCUCACGUCACUGACGUCACGGCUCGGUAUCGCAUUACCCAAUCCGGCGCCCGAGGUGGAGAUGACUCCAAAUCAAGUACAGGCAGAAGUGCCGCAUCAUGUAGAGGAGCAUCUGCCGAGUUCGACGGAACCACGGACGAUGGAGCCGAAGAAAAAGAAGUACGCCAAAGAGGCAUGGCCUGGGAAAAAACCCAUACCAACGCUUCUUGUAUAAUAAAAAGAAAAUUACGGUUUGUACACAAUUAUUGUUUUAUCAUUGAUUUUCUGAGAGAACUAUCAAUCUCACUUACAGAGAAAUUGUUCAUAUGAAAUUGUUCAUAUACAUUAAUGGAUUUUCAUAUGACUUUCUGUCAAGUUUGUUGUAUUUUUGGCGAUAAUGACAUCUUGUCCUGUAUCGCCAAUCAUGUAAAAAUAUUGCAAAAAGACUAACUUUAUUAAAAUAUUAUUUAAUAUAAUAUUGCCCAUUAUCUUGCUUUAGCUUUAUAGUAUAAGUUAUAUGACAAAUAUCAUUUAAAAGCGAAUAUGUAAAAAAAAUUUUAUUUGAUGUAAAGAACACAAACUUGUGUAAUCGAAAUUGUUCUAUUGUUACAAUGAUUUAUUAAAACUGACGACAAUGUUCAGAGCAUUCUAAAGUUUUCAUAUGAUAUAAUAUGAUAUGUGACUUUAGAGCAGCGUAUAAUGAGAGUGAUAAUAUUAAGCUCUGUAUUUAAGUUUUAUGAAUUAAGUUCUCUAAGUAUAUUUAUAUUCUAUUUACUUCUAAUGCGAUAGCGACUAUCGAUAGGAAUAAAUUGUUUAGUGUUUAAAUAUUUUUGUUAUUGAAAUAUGAUUAAGAAAUUAUAUUUAGCCUUAGCAUUGUCGUCAUCCUUGAAACAAUUAAGAAACAAUUUAAUAAUUAUUGAAUAGCAUUAUCAUUAUGUAAUAUAUUACAUUUGUGUGAGACUUCAAUAUAUUAUUUCCUGUAUACUAUUAUUGCUUCAAGUGCAAUGAAUUUGAUGUAAAUAAGUAUAAAAAAAUUUCGUUAACAUACUUUUAUA